AUGAGGGAGCAAGGCAGUUUCUUCCAAGACUUAUGCUCAAGGACCCUAAAGCGGAGUGAAUUGGAGAAACUAGAAGAACGUAUAGUUCUUAUACUAUGCAAGCUUGAGAGGUUCUUUCCUCCAGCAUUCUUUGAUGUUAUGGUCCACCUUACUGUUCACUUGCCUCGAGAAGCAAUUCUAGGAGGCCCGGUACAAUAUCGGUGGAUGUACCCUAUUGAAAGGUAUCUUGGAAAAUUGAAAAGGUACGUUUCAAACCGAGCUCGACCAGAAGGUUCGAUUGCAGAGGCUUACAUUCUCAAAGAAUGUAUUAACAACUGGUCUUUGUAUAUUGAUGGGAUUGAAACUGUGCAUAAUCGAAGAGAAAGAAAUGAAGAUUUAGGUGAAUCUAGCGAAGGAUUGAUAGUUUUUUCACAGACUGCCCGACCUACAGGUGGUAGGCGGAAUUAUGGCAACUUGUCUCGUGCAUUGCUUGAUACUGCUCAUUGUGAACACAAAAGCACAUUGCAUAAUCCUACUGGAGAAAUCAUAACUCAAAUCCAACGACAAGAGUUUCCCAACUGGUUCAGAGAACGUAUGAAUAGAUUGAAAGUUAACGAGUCACCAGAAGCUACUAAACAGUUAUGGUCAUUAGCAAAUGGUCCUAAGCCGCAUGUGAAGGAGUACACAGUUUGUAUGGUCAAUGGUGCAAAGUUCCAUACAAGAGACCUAGACAAUCGUCGUGUAACCCAAAACAGUGGUGUAUGUACUGAAGGGGAUAUUGAGGGAGAAAUGCACGACUUCUAUGGUCAUGUGUGCAAAAUUUGGGAAUUGGAGUAUAUGUUUCGCCAUAAAGUUGUUUUGUUCCAGUGUGAUUGGUACAAUACUGGUACCAAUGGUUGAAGGCGAACGAUAAGAACCAAUGCACACUGCACAAGCAUUGAUGUUACAAGUCGGUGGUAUGAAAAUGACCCUUUUAUACUUCCUAGUCAAGCGAGACAAGUUUUUUACCUUCAAGAUACCAAAUUGGGUGAACCUUGGAAAAUUGUGCAAUCCAUCCAAUAAAGGAGAGUGUUUGAUGUCCCGGAAGUCGGGGGUGGAGAAUCCAAUAAUAAUACAGAAGAUAGUGAUGCAUUCCAACAAGAAGCUAUUGUUGAUGUUGUCUCUAUCAAUGUUGAGGAUAAUAUUAUUGACUAUUGUAUGGGUGAUGUUGAAACUGAGAUUGUUCUUGAAGGUGGAACUUCAAGAGAUGCUAAUGAAAAUGAAGAGCAUGACAUACCUGAUGUUGAUCUUGAUAUGGAUUAUGAUAUGUAGAAUUCAUAACAAUUUUCUUAAAUGUUAUGUGCUUGUCUUAAAGUUUUAUGCUUGUUUAAGUAACAAUUGUUUUGUACUUAUCUUGAACUUGAUAUGGAUAUUGAUGUGGUUAUUUGUUGUGUUAA